AUGACUAUCAACAAUGACUACCAAUUGUGGCUGUUCCGUGACGUUGACUUCCAAGAGAGUGAGAUGGCCGAACGACAUCAGAAGGCCCUUCAACUGACGAACAGUGUCACCAAAUUUCACAAAGACUCCCCUACCGGAGAUUUGGAGCAAGCCAGAAAAAGAACCUCACUCACUCCACCAGCUCCAAUUCUUGAUGUGGACAUUCAUGCAGCAAAUCGACGUUAUGAGCGAGGUUAG